CAACAUUAGAGGGAUCAGCCAGAUCCACUGUUUCAGUCAUUGGAGACAUAUUGGGUCGUGCACUGAGCAAUCUUCACGGAUUACUACAGAUGCCGUACGGCUGUGGAGAACAAAACAUGGCUAUUCUUUCUCCCAAUAUUUACAUUCUGCAGUAUCUGGAAAACACAGAGCAGCUCACCUCAGCCAUCCGAGAGAGAGCCACCGGCUUCCUUAAGAGCGGAUACCAGAGACAGAUGAACUACAGACAUAUUAGUGGUGCAUACAGCACAUUUGGACACGGAGAUGAGAAUACAUGCUGGAGGAAACAGGCUGAAGCGUGGAUCUAGGUGCAGGAAGUUUAAUAAGAC